CCCUUCUGAAUGGAGUGCCUUUAACGUGAGAGUGGAGGACUUAACUUUCAGCACGAAUAUAUCACAGCCAUGCAUUCGGUCCUGGUCGGUGCUUUCCUGACCCUGCUGCUCUGCCUCCCCAGCCCCGGUCAUGGAGAAUCCUACUUUGGGGACAGCUACUGCAGUCUACAAGCCUUCCAAGAUGUCUCCACCUUCCAUCUGUCCCUACAGAUCAAGACGAGUCGGCGAAGUGGGCUGCUGUUAUUGGCUGCGGGAAUGGAGGACUACCUGUUCCUUGAGCUGCAAAAUGGCAAAGUACAGGCACGGAUGAACAUGGGGGCUGGCGAGGUGACGCUAACCUCAUCUCAAGGAGUUCAGCUGAACAAUCUUCUGGACCACAAAGUCUCACUCACACUGCAAGAUGGCAAACUCACCAUGACAAUUGAUGAGCUCUUCCCGACGUACGUUCCUGUGGAUGUCAACGGCGAACAGCUCAAUAUUGACCUGGGCAUUUGGCUCGGAGGAACAGGAGAACUGGACACCUCCUAUCUCAGCACUGCCAUUCCCCCCUUCCGCGGCUGCAUGACUCAGGUCAAAUUUGAGUCCCACCAGUUUGAUAUUCUCAGCGCGGUGUUUAAACAAUGCCACGACACAAAGGAAACCUGCAGCAGUGAGUUUGAGGCUGGUGACGGGGAGGCAACUAGUUUCAGCACUCCUGAUUCAUUUGUGUCCUUCCCCACCUGGAGUGGGCCUAGUGGUGCUCCAAGGGUCUUAGAAGUCCUGAUGAAAACCACCAUUGAGGACGCGUUACUUGCUUUCCACCCUGGCCAAGAGACAGACUUCAUCGCUAUUGGUGUCGUGAAAGGCUUUCUCAAAGGUGUGGUGGACCUUGGCAGUGGCAUGGAGGUGCUAGAGAAUACCCAGGUGCAGCUGGAUGAUGAUCAGUGGCACAGAGUUAAGGUUCAAGUCAGUCAGGAUUCUUUUACCAUCAUGGUAGAUAGCCAGUCUUCCUCUCUCCCUCUUGACCCAUCUGAAAAAUUGGACUUGGUUGGAAACUUGUAUUUAGGAGGCAUCCAGGGGAAAAUGAAGGACGUGUUUCGUGACAGCGGGUCCUUGAGUCGCGCAGAGGAGGAAAUGACAGCCGAAUCCUUCAUUGGUUGUUUAGGAGAGAUCAAAGUAAAUCAGAAGGACAGAAGCCUGCAGGAUGCUUUGGUGACCAAAGAUGUCCAUGUUAAAUGUGAAGGAGAGGACUAUGACUACUCAACUUACUACGACACAGACGCAACAACUUCUCCACCCGUUCAAUUCCCAUAUGUUGAUGUAGACGUCAGUGAACAGCAUUGCUACCCAACAGAUGACACGGCAGAGAUUUUUAAAAAUGUAACAAAACUCCUCGAUGUUGCUCCGUUGCUUGUGCCAGAAGUUGGGGAAGCUCUUCUUGAUAUCAACAACAUGAACCCUACAUUUGACCUCAGUGCUGCAGGAAUACGUCAGUCUCAGAUCAUCUUUACCCUCCAGAAUGAUCCCUGGUAUGGCUUGGUUGAUAUAAACACCAGCACAAGGCGCACACGAAAGUUCACUCUUCUUGAUGUUGUCAAUAAGAAAAUCAAGUAUAUGCAUGAUGGAAAUGAAAGGCAUACAGAUCAAAUCCAGCUGCAGGUGGUUGUGCAAAGUGAUGACAAUCUUCCAGAAUGUUUAACGACUCCUCAGGAGUAUAUUGUCCCAGUAGAAAUCCUUCCCAUCAAUGACAUACCACAACUUGGUGGAGGAGAACUCACCAUCACAGAAAACGGCAGAACUCGUCUGAGUCCCAGCCUUAUUAAAAUCAUGGAUUCUGACAGUCGCUGCAAUGAUUUAGUAGUAACUGUAACCUUAGCACCUCCCAUGGCAGUUGGUUACUUCGAAAACGGUCAGCAGCCUGGAAGAAGCAUCUCAGAGUUCACUUGCAAGGAACUGAAAGAUGGAAAUAUCUAUUUCAUACACAGAGGGGGUAGUGCUUCUGGAAUUACCCUGGAGGUGUCAGAUGGACAGUCAGUCAGCCAUUCAACUUCUUUUAAGUUAGCUGUGACACAGCCUCAUAUGACUAUGGUCACCAACACUGGACUUCUCUUGUCUCAAGGAAGCAACGGAUCCAUAGGUGUUCAAAGCCUGGCUGUCAUCGCUCAUCCUCGUAAUGGAGAUGUUGUGUAUAACGUCACACAACCUUUGAUGUAUGGAGAACUACAGAUAAUGACACCUAAUGGAAUGUACAAGCAGGUUACAACUUUCCAUCAAUCCGAUUUAGAUCAAGCCCGCCUUAGAUAUGUUAGCACAGACUCGGCUGACCAGGAAGAUGUUGUGAGCGAGAGGAUUCAGUUCGACGUCCACCUGGGGCAGUUCUCCCUCCACAACCAAAACUUCUUGGUCAAAAUCAUCCCUGCGCAAGUUAAAAUUUCUAACCUGGUCCCACUUGAGAUGGAGGCCGGUGAAGAGCAAACGAUCAGUGUAACAGAGCUUCAAGCUGAAGUAAAAGGGAAAAACCCAGAUCCACAAACUGUAAGAUACAUCAUCGUCAAGCCUCCAACACUCGGUAGUCUCAAGUUGUCUGACAGGGAGUUGGCUGAGGGGGACACCUUCACACAGAAGGACAUUUUGGACAGCACUAUUAGCUACAAAGUACGUGUGCAAAGAGCUGUGGAUAGUAUAGACCAGUUCCAGUUCAGGGUCCUUGCUGACGAUCAGUACUCCCCUCUGUACACCUUCCCAAUUACCAUCCUCGCAAAUGCAGACGCUCCUGUUCUGACUAAUGAGAAGCUGGUUGUCUUGCAGGGUGGUGAGCAUGCUCUGAACAAAUACUAUCUUUGGAUGCACUCCCCAAGCUCUACAGAUUUUGUGUACAGGGUCACACAGGGCCCAAAGUACGGGCGACUGAUCAGGGAUUCCCCACCUGGGCAGCCUAGAUUUGAGGGGGCGAUAAGAAUAUUCAGCAAUGAAGACCUCAAGUUUGAAAGGCUUAUUUACAAGCACGAUGGCUCCAAGACGAGCAGUGAUGAGUUCCGCUUUUCAGCAUUUGAUCAAGGAGGAGAAAGUUCAGGCACUGAGGAAGCAGUGAGCGGAGUUUUCCAAAUAGCAAUCCAAUCCAAGAAUGAGCAUGCUCCUGUGAGGGUUGUGGAUAAAGUCUUCAAUGUAGUCCGUCAUGGUCAGCGUCUGCUUACAACUGAUGUCAUUCAGUUUAAGGAUGACGACUCCGGUUUCAAUGACACCCAAAUUGUCUACGCUCGUGAGGGAAUCCUCUCAGGCAACAUCGUCUCAACAGCUAAUCCCUCACAGGCCCUUUUCCGUUUCACACAAGCCGACCUGCGAGAUAAGAAAAUCCUCUUCAUCCACCACGGAGCGGACCGGGAACGCUUCUCACUGCAGGUGUCAGAUGGCUUCCACAAGACCACCGCGCUGCUUGACAUCCAGGCAAGUGAGCCCUACCUGCGAGUCGUGAACAACACGAUCAUUGUCAUCGACCAUGGAAGCACCAAGACCCUCAACACCACCCUGCUGAGCGCUGACACGAACAUGGACAUCAGAGGCGAUAGUGAGAUCAAGUUCCAGGUCACGUCGCCACCGAGCGAUGGCAGGAUUAUUGUCAGUGGGAUCGAGGCUUUAGAGUUCACCCAGGAGGAUCUGAAAAAAGGCGUUGUGUCAUAUGAGCAUAAUUAUGAGAGUCUGAGGUCCAAGGACUCCUUCAGCUUCACUGUCCAAGCAAGAGGACAUUCAGAAGAGGGAACGUUCAGGAUUAAGAUAUUCAAGCAAGGUUAUUACUCUGAGCCGGAGGUGAUCACCAAUGAGGUCAUCAUUUCCUAUGAGGGAGAGCACACCAUAAUCAACCAGGAUAAUCUCAAGGUGGACCAAGCUGAUAUUGUGCCUACAGAAAUGGUGUUCAUCAUUAAAGCGCCUCCUCGUCUCGGUCAUGUGGUCAAGCUGACAAACAGCUCGGACAGCAUGGCCUCUCCUGUCCUCAACUACAUUCACUCCUUCACUCAAGAGGACAUUGAUCAGGGGCGCAUUCUCUACGUGUCUGCAUCCAUCCAGGGCAAUGACGCCUUCACAGUGGAUGUCAGUAAUGGUUUCACUACAGUGGAGGACCUGCACGUCUCUGUGAACAUCGUGCCCCGCCUCAUCCCCCUUCAGACCUUUAAUUUCACAGUGAAGGAAGGCCUCAGCAAGGCGAUUAACGCAGAGAUCGUUAACAUCACACAUCCCUUCUACAGCUCAGCAAACAUUGACUUUGUUGUGGAGGAGCCGCCGCAGCAUGGGGACCUCCGUUACCUAGAUGGAGACGAGGUCACCUACUUUACAUGGGAAGAGAUGAAACUUGGACACAUCUACUACAUGCAUGACAGCACCGAGAGCACAGAGGACAGUUUUACACUCUCUGCCUCGGCUUAUGAGAUUGAGCGCCGGAGCCUCCCUGUCACUAUCUCAGUGACUGUCAUACCAGUCAACGAUGAGCCGCCAAAACUGACACGUAACACGGGACUGGAGGUUCUUGCUGGAGAGGAAGCCGAUAUCACCUCCAGCAUGCUGAACACAGAGGACGCCGAUACCCCCGCAGAGGAACUGGUUUACCAUGUUGAUGUGCCGUCCAAUGGGAUGGUGGCGUUGAAAGAGGCGCCCGAGGAGGGCAUCUCUAAUUUCACACAGGCUCACAUAAACAAAGGGGAGGUCAUCUUCAUUCAUGAGGGUGAGGAGUCCGGCGGUUUCAGUUUCACAGUGACAGACGGCGAGCACACAUCUCCCCUCUACCAAUUUGUUGUCACAGCGAGGCCUCUCACCAUCACCAUGGUAACGCAGGAGGAGCUCAUGGUAUUUCCAGGAACAAGGCAGUCUAUCACGAGUGCCAAUCUGGGGGCUGUAACCAAUGAGGAUGGAAAUGAGAUAAGCUACUCUCUUGUCCGCCCACCUCGUUUGGGAAGACUCAUCCUGGCCAAUGACAGGAACCAAUAUGAGGAAAUUACCAGCUUCUCACAAACACAGCUGGAGUCAGGACAGGUCUACUAUGAGCACCAGAUACCUGAGGAGCCUUUCUGGGUGGUGAGGGACUCCGUAGAGCUCACUCUGGCAUCCCAACCAGCCCCUGAUGUCCGUCACGUCCUGCCCAUCACCGUCUCUUACUACGCUGCACACAGCAACAUCUCCUCCCAGCUGUGGAAGAACAAAGGUUUGGAUGUUGUUCAAGGCCAGAGGAAAGUCAUUGAUGAUUCCAUUCUUGACGCCUCCAACCUGCUGGCUAGCCUACCUGAAGCUCAGCGAGACGAUGCAGAUGUGGUUUUUGAGAUGAAGCGUUUCCCUGACCACGGUCGUAUCACCCUGCGUGGUCAGGACUUGCCCCGUGACGCCCCAACCUUCACGCAGGAAGAUGUAACUCAAGGAAAGCUGGAGUUUCUCCAUGAUGACUCAGGGGCUUCCUUUGACAGCUUCGCUUUCAGAGCCCGACUCAAGUCCGAGGGUCAGGGUUUGCCCUCACCUGCAGAAUCCGUGGUCCUGGAGGAAGUAUUUAACAUCUCAAUCAAACGGCGGGGCUCUGACGCCCCCGAGCUCGUCACCACAGACAUGCUCUUGGAGGUUCUUCAAGGCUCCAUGACCAUUUUGACCCAGAAGCAUCUUAACACUCAAGACGAGGACAGUCCACCAGACGAGGUGCACUUCAAAGUGACCAAAGCCCCCAGCAAUGGUCGCCUGGUUGAUUCAUUCACAACGGACCCCAUCUCUGAGUUCACCCAAGAGAUGGUCAAUCGUGGGCAGGUGGGCUUCGUCAGCUACGGCAGCCUCACCGAUGACUUUAUGGAGUUCAUUGUGUCAGAUGGAGAACACCAAACAGAGCCACACACUCUCCACAUUGGCAUCCUAGCUCGCACCCUGAUUCUUGACAAAGCCCCUGAGAUCAAGGUGAAACAAGGAGAUGACGAGACCCUGGUGACCGAGGAGAUGCUGAAGGCCACAACUGGCGGCCCUGUUGAGGAGGACAUCCUUUACAAGAUCACAAGUGUUCCCAAGUAUGCAGCUGUCAUGGUAGACCGGCAGCCUACAUCAGCAUUCACCCAGAAGCAGAUCAAAGAAGGUCGAGUCAGUGUCCGCUUUGUUAAAUCCACUUCCCCUCGAGACAGCGUUGCAUUUGUGGCCCGUAGCAGGGCUGCUAAUGUCUCCUCUGUCCUCAACAUCACAGUCCAGCCUCUGGCCAACAUCGCUCAGGAUCCUCUCUUACCCCAAGGUGCUCUUGUUCAACUGGACAGGAAGCUUCUGGAUGCAACUCCCCUGGCAAACAAGACCAGAACCUCCCCCACAUUCACCGUCAUCCAGCAGCCACAGGGGGCUCGUUUUGUGAGGGCUGGAGGUCCUGGUGCAGGUCAGCCAGUGGACACAUUCAGCCAGAAGGAGCUGGAUGAGGGACGGGUAGCUAUGGAAAUCCUAAAUGGCAACUCUGGAUCCAAAGGUAGUGUCAGUCAGGAUGAGGCGCGCUUCCUGCUCAAAGCCCACGGGGUUCCUCCUGCAGAGUGUGUGCUUUCCUUCCAGACGGGCCCCUACAAUGCCUCCGGGGUCUACCCUGCUACACUGUUGAGGGUUCCCUCAGAUGCCCCAUCGAAGGACAGUAAUGACCUCCCUGGUGUAGCUGCGGCCCCUCGUCCCACUCCAGCUAGCCCUCGCUGGAGGGGCAACAUGGACUGGCCCCACGGAGAUGCCCCCACCACAGCAUCCUCUGGCUCUAGCGCCCAUGGGAAACCACAUGUCACCCGGCGCAGCAACUUCUGGUCUAUUCUCAUCCCGAUCCUGGUGAUCCUUCUCCUCUUGCUGCUGGCGGCCAUCUUGGCCUACUACCUGAUCCGUAAAAACAAGACGGGCAAGCACGAUGUCCAGACGGCAGCAUCCAAGCCCAAAAACGGAGAGGUGGCCAGCGCAGAAACCUUUCGCAAAACUGACCCAGCCAAUAACAUCCCCAUGUCCAACAUGGACUCCAAAGACGCAGAUCCAGAGUUGUUGCAGAGUUGUCGGACAACGAACCCGGCCUUGAAAAAGAACCAGUACUGGGUCUGAGACACUUUGAGAUAAGACACAGAGGGAGGUGGAUCCUCAAGUGUUUGGAAGUCUCCUCAAAUCAUUCCUCUCAGUAUUAAAGACCUCUUGCCGCACCAGUUUUAAAGAAAAUUAUUUUCUAACACCAUUGGUUAUUUACUUAUCUCAACGUAACUGUGGAUAAAUUCUCAGGCAACGAAACACUGAAUACUUAUUGGCAAAGAAAGAGGCAGUUUGUUAUCUAAGGAGGCUCAGGUCAUGUAUAUUUAUUUUAGUUUUAUCAUUCCUCUAUGUCGAAGGGCACAAAUGAAGACAUAAACAUGCCAUGUGUUUGCAAAAAGUUAUCUUGGGUGUGCUCUGUCAUUGUAUUCCAUAUGAUAUCAUAGGCCAAUAUUAUUCGUUGGAGUGGGUAGGUGAUUUAAAGUCUUUGUGAUGGUUUGAUUUUAGUUUUUGGUUCAUCAGGAAAGUUGAUAAGGAUUGUACAUAGAUGAUGAGGUAAAUAUAUGCUGUAUUAUCGAGAAGAUGGAAAAGUGCCGCUUUGUGUUUUCUCUUUUAUUUUUUAAUGUUUUUAAGGUACCGUUGUGUUUCUCAGGGCUAAAUUCAGUUUAAAGGAGUAGUACAAGAUUUUGGUAAAAUAUACUUAUUCACUUGUUUUCCUCAGAGUUAAAUGAGAAGAUUGAUGCCACUGUAAUCUGUUAUACAGCAAACUACAGCAAGGAGAUGCGUCAUGUGACUUAGCUAAACCCAAUGAAAAGGGGGAAACAACUAGGGAGGUCACCCGUAAAGCGCACUUAUCAACAUUAUAUCAAAAACAAGAAGUUGUGGUGUCAUUGCGAGGGAUUAUUUCUUGGCUGGACACAGCGAGUUCUUGAACCUGGCUUGCUGAAACAAGCUAGCUGUUUCUGGUGCAGUGCCGCUGAUUAGACAGCCCAAAUUAUGAAGCCCCAUUAGUCCCCAAAUUAUCGCAAUGGACAGACAGGUGUCCCAAAAACAAAGGCCUAUUGCUUUCAAGUCUCGUGUCUCCAAAAAUGUACACUCCCUGCGGGUAGCUUCAGUUUCCCAGCUGCAUUUGAGCCACUUAUGAUGGGUGUUUUUACCAGCCCUUCAAAGUGUUUCUCAGUAGUGUCUGAGCCAUCAAUCCCAGGUAUUUUUAACGACCCUUCGCAACAUUUCCCAGUGGUUUUUGAGCCACAGAUCCUGGGUGUUUUUGACAACCCUUUGUGGUGUUUCCUAGCUGCUCUUAAGCCAUCGGUCCGAGGUGUUUUACCAAUCCUUCAUGGCAUUUCUGAGCAACAGAUCCCAGGUGUUUUUACUGACCCUUUGAAGCGUUUUCUCAUCUGCAUUUGAGCAACUUGCCUCAGAUGUUUUUACUUAUCCUUCACAGCUUUUUCAGCGACAUUUGAGCCACCAAUCCCGGGUGUUUUUACCAACCCUUCACGGCGUUUCCCAGUGGUGUUUGAGCCACCGAUCCUGGGUGUUUUUUCCUAUCCUUUACGGCUCACCCAGCAGCAUUCAAGCCACUGAUCCGCUGUGUUUCUUUUAUGACCCUUUGUGGUGUUUCCCAGUGACAUUUGAGCCACCAAUCCCUGGUGUUUUUUGCCAACCCUGCGUAGUGUUUCCUACCUGCAUAUGAGCCACUGAUCCCGGGUAUUUUUACCAACCCUUCGCAGCAUUUUCUCAGUGGCGUUUGAGCAACUUAUCCCAGGUGUUUUUACUGACCCUUUGCUUUUGUGCCACCAAACAUGGAUGUUGUAAGCCGAAAUCUGGUCUUUUCUUAACCAUUAACAAGUGUAUUUUUGUGCCUAAACCUCACCACACCUUCAUCACAGCUUCGUUGACAAAUCUAAAAUGGUUUACAGAAACGCACAAUGCAAACAUUUCCUCUGGCAAUCGGGUUGUCUACUGCAGGAAGUGUGUGUUUUUAGAGAAACCAGACUUUGAAGCAGUGGGUGUUUGUUUUUGGGAUAACGGGCCAUCUGAGAAAUGGGCUUAGUGGGACGUUUUUUGGACUACUGGGGCUUAGGAAAUUUGUGCUGUUGAAACAAUGGGCUGUUUCCCCUGUCUCCAGUCUUUAUGCUAAGCUAAGCCAACAGCCCUCUAGCCGUGGCUUCAUAUUUAGAGAGUAUGCGCGUGGUAUCUAUCUUGUCAUCUAAUUCUCUGUAAGAGAGUGAAUAACCUUUGUCUCAAAAUAUCUAACUAUUACUUUAAUGUCAUCACAUGAUAGCAUUUCAGUAGUUUUACUUUUGUGUGGAAAAAGGAGACAGUUUGCGACUGUUUAGAAUUAAAAAGUUUGUGCGACAACUUUCGCAGGUUUGAUUGAAUUUAGCUCGGAGUUAUGUCAUCAUCUUUCACAUGUUAUUAUUUCUGCAUGCUUCCAAAGUGCUUGUAAAUAUUCACUGGACUGGCACAGCACUGACCGCAGAACUACACAGUACACAGUUAGCAGACCACAGGCAGGAGGUUAUUUCAGUAGUACUGGUCUUUAACACAUCCGUACUGGCUGACAUGCAGGGGUGAGGUCAUCUCAAACUGGGAUGUUUCCAGUUUCUAAGUCUGCAAUUAAGAAUUCAUAAAAUACCGGUUGGUGCUGGGGACGGGGAUAAUGAAUCAAAUGCUCCACUGGUUAGGGUACAUUGAUGAAGAAAAUGAAGACUGUUUUUAUGUCUUCACAGCUAGUUUUUGAUUUUAAGCAUUCCAUAUCUAAGCUAAAUAUACAGACUGUCAUAUAAUGAAAUUUUUGUUUUACUCUUCAGUCUUGUUUUGUAUGUUGAAACUAAGAAGAGCGUUACUGUAAAUCAGACUCCUUUUGUUCCUCUUUAGACAUCUUUAUUGUCACUCUGACCUGUGAUGGUUAUCUGUGUGUUGAAUGUUGAAUGAAGUACUUAACGUGAAGCACAGCGAGGAAAUCAGAUAACUGUUUUUGAUCCACUAAAGAAAAGAAAGACUUAACUAUUUCUUCUGAGAACUAUUUGCUGUACAUUUCUUUUCUCACGCUGUAUGACGCCUUAUCCUUUGUUAGUCAUAUUCUGAAUAUACGAUAAUUUCUUUGCAGUAUUCAGCGUUUAUUGAGCUUAUAUUUUUGUAGUGUUUCGAGAGCAGGAAAUAGAGAUUUUACAGACAGCACAGAGCUCAGGAAGUGAUGUGUUUCAGGAGACUGUGUAUUUCCAGUGACGUCUCUUACAGAUAGCUGAAAUAAAAGUACUAGUUUUUCCUUCAGGAUAUCACAUCCACAUCUUCCCAGUGUUAUGUGUAAAUAUUUGGUUUCUGAGUAUGAUUUUUGGGCUUGAUAAGCAACUCGAAGUAUAUAUAUAUCAUGUUUUGCAUCGAUAUGUACAUGUAACUACAUUUAAUUAGGCUCAUCUUCAAGGUAUGCCUGAAUGUGUCUCUGUGUGUAUCUGUCUGUGUGUGUGUAUGUGUGUGUGUGUGUGUUUGUGCAGGUGCCCAUCACUCUUCUGUUUUCUGCUUCCCGAGGUCAUCGCAGAGUUUCAUCAUCACCAUUCCUCAUUUUUCAUUAUUUAUUAUUUCUGUCACCCCCCAUACAUCAAGUCAUACUCUCAUCAUGUGCUUUGUCAGAGACUAAACUGUAAUCUGUAAACUGCAGGUGCUUUCAUGAUAAUACGAAGCAGUGUUUAGAUUUUGGAACAAGAAGAAUUGUCUAUUGCUGCAGAAUGCCUCUGAGCUUGUUCUCGGCACUAAUGGAAAUAAAAACAU